AUGUUUGCUAAGCGGUCAGUGAACCAGUGGUUCCACUUCGGUGAUGGAUACACUACCAUCAUCACCAUCAUCAUCCUCACCACCACCACCUCAGUCAUCCUCUCCAUCACCAUCCUCAUUGUUGUUAUCCUCACCAUAAUUAUCUUUAUCAUCUUCAUCAUAAUCAUCACCAUCAUCUUCUUCACUAUCACCAUCUUCCCUGUUAUCAUCACCACCAUCUUCCUCUUCUUCAUCAUCCUCCUCCUCAUCACCAUCAUCACCACCAUCCUCACAUCACCACCAUCCUCCUCCUCACCAUCACCACCAUCCUCACCGUCACCACCAUCAUCUGCACCAUCACCACCACCAUCGUCACCAUCACCAUCAUCACCACCAUCGUCACCAUCACCACCAUCCUCCUCCUCACUAUCACCAUCACCACCAUCCUCACCAUCACCAUCACCACCAUCAUCAUCAUAUCACCACCUUACCGUCAUCAUCUCCGUUCUCUCUGUCUACCUAACCAUCCUCCUCCUCAUUCUUGCCACCAUUGUCAUUUCCACCAUCAUCAACAUCACCACAUCAAACCCUGGCAAAGGUGGAUUUGCUAACUUCUGUGCUCAGAGCGUGGAACUAUAUCAAGGCCACCCAGCCUUUCCUUCCCUCCUGCAGGAAGCCUUCCUUAAACAUGUGCAGUCUACCAUCUCUGCCACCAUCACUACCAACACCAUCACCAUCACCAUCACCACCAUCACCAUCACUGUUAUCAUCACCGUCGUCAUCACCAACACAGUCACCAUGAUCAUCAUCGCUAUACCAUCACCAACACUAUCACUGCCAUUGCUGUCAUCAUCACCACCAUCACCAUCACCAUUAUCAUCACCAACACAAUCACUGUCAUCACCACCGUCAUCAUCAUCACUAGUACCAUCACCAACACCAUCGUCAUCAUUACCGUCAUCACCACCAACAUCACCAUCAUCUUCAUCACCAACAUCAUCACUUACUAUUUCUGAUGACAAGGAUAGUAGUGGUGACAGUGAUGAUGAGGUUGGUGAUGGCAGUACAGUGAUAACAGUGGUGAUGACACUGAGUGAUGGUGAUGACAGUGACUACAGCAGUGAUGGUGGUGACGACGAUGACAUUGGUGAUGACGAGGGCCGAAUCUCACUCUCAGCCAGUGUCUUUGAUGUGCCAGCCGUGAUUCUAAGCCCCAUGUAA